AUGCCUACGUUACGUAUCUACAUAACGUGUGAUGACGUAAAACUUGCUUGGAUAUAUGACAUUCCAGGCUCUCAGUACGAUUUAAACACGUGUCAGUAGAUGCGAUAUUUUUCUGUGAUAUUUAAUCCGUCCAGUAUACGCAGAAGCUCAACAAGUAAGGUUAACAAUGUCAGCAAAUAUGGCUGUACUGAGAUUUUGGAGAAAAAAUAAUCCUGUGGCCUUGUGGAAGUCAUAUGAUAUUUUCCAAAUCCAGAGAACGAUCUGUGUCUCUGCACAAAAGAAAUUUCUCCUCGAUGAGAAGAAAGCAACAGCGGCGGCUAUCGCAGCGACGAAUAAAAAACUUAAUUGGAAUAGAGCUUUGUCAGAGGCAGAAAAAAUUGUUGGAUAUCCAACGUCUUUUUUAAGCUUAAGAUGGUUGCUGAGCGAUGAGAUUGCAAAUAUUGCUUUACACUUGAGGAAAUUAGUUGGAUCCAACCAUCCUUUGUUGCAAACAGCUAAAAACAUUGUUUUCAAUGGGCACAACAACAUACAGGCAUUCGGUCUCAUCGUGCUGUUGAUCUCUAAGGCUGCUGGUCAUCUGCAUGUAAAUCACAUAGAGGAGGACAAAUCAGCAGGGGUAUUACACAGUCAAAGAGCAUUGGCUGAAAUUACAGAGAUGAUACGCACCAGCAGUUUGAUUCACAAGGGACUGGUAAACAUAAAUGCAGACUCACCUCUGGGAGCCGCGGAAAUGGACCGUAUGACAUUUGGCAACAAGAUAGCCUUGUUAAGCGGUGAUUACUUGCUUAGCAACAGUUGUGUUGAAUUGGCCGGUCUCAGAAAUCAGGAUGUUGUGUUCUUGAUAUCAUCCGCAGUGGCGGAUAUAGCCCAAGCAGAAUUUGUAGCACGCAGAGACGAUCAGAAUUUUCCUAUACCAUCGAUACCACCGGAAGGAGAUUGUACAGGCUAUGCAUUGAAAGAAUGGGAACUUCUGAAUAUUUAUGGUGCUGGAUCGUUACUUGCAAAAAGUUGUCAGAGUACGCUGAAAUUAGCUGGGCAUAGCAUGGAAAUACAACAGGAGGGUUACAAAUUUGGCCAACAUCUUUCUUUAGCUUGGCAGGCUUACUUAGAUUUAGCUUUGUGCGUUAACAAGGACGAAACGAUCUUGCAUAAUUUGUGCGCUGCACCAAUUAUGUUCCACGUGGAACAUGAUCCAUCAAUCUUAGUGGAACUUGAAAAGGGACUCAAAUCAGUGGAAAAUGUCGACUAUCUAAAGGUGCUUGAAAUUGUCACAGCUGGCCCGGGCAUUGAAUUAACCAAGGAGCUCGUGAAAGAGCAUUCACGAAGGGCGAUGGAGGUCUUAAAUGUAUUUAAGGAAAACGACGCCAGGAAAGCACUAUCUAAUAUUAUCUCUGCCAUAGAUGUGUGUCACUCCAAUGUCUAAAGCAACUUAGAAUGGAAUUCUUAAAGGGAUAUUCUAGAAGCUGAAUUUUUAUGCUAUUUUUGCGAAUUUAAAAAAAAAAU